AUGGUCGUCCUGUUGCGCACUCUUUUCUUGAUCUGCGCAUAUUGGACAACUGCGCUGAUUGCUGGAAUAGGCUCAGAGGGGGUGUGUCUUCAAGAUGGCAAGCACAAGACAAUGCCCAGCCCCGAGCCUUACCUGAGGGAGUGCACGCUCUAUGCAGACAAUAGUUGCUGCACACAAGAGGACAUCCAGGACAUCUUCCAUUCUCCCUCUGCCAGCAAUCGGAAUGAACCCUGGGACAAGUGUGGGCCAUUAAGUCCUGCGUGUGAAGGCUUCCUGAAGCGCGUGUCAUGUUUCUACCGCUGCUCCCCAGAUGCUGCCCGCUGGCCUCACCCAUAUCACCACUCCUACAUCCAGGCUGUGCCUCUCUGCCACAGCUUCUGCCGGGACUGGUUUGAUGCCUGCAGGACAGACCUGACAUGUGCUCGUAAUUGGGCUGCAGACCCCAGAGGACAGAACUGCACUGGAAGUUGUGUUCAGUAUCAGCAGAUGUAUCAACAUGGCAGAGAUCUGUGUGAAAGUCUGUGGGGUAACGCCUUCAUGACUGUUGAAGAUGCAGCUGAGGAGGUUCUAGAUGUUGGCGGGAAUGACAGCCCAAGGAAUGGACGCACUUGUGGUUGCCUGACCCUCAGUCCUUCUGACAAGGAUGUGAUCGCUGCCCUCCGGUCCCACCAGAAUGACCCAGAGGAGCCGGAUACCACAAAGACUGGACUGCCUCUGUAUCGGUCUCCCUGCCAGACCAAGCUGCCUCCACAAAUGAAAAUCAGCAGGAAGGGGAACUCUAUAGUGCGCAAGCGUUCGGUUAUGGUUGAUGAUGGUGAGGGGAGCGGAAGUGGCCUGUAG